UUAUUUACGUUUGUUUUGUUUUACAGCGCAAUGAUAAAAUUAUUGGGGUGGCCGGAGCAACCAGGGACGUAUUUUGAACAAGAUGGCUGAAGCGGACGCUUUUAUUUAUGGUGAUGACUUCGAUGCUAUUCUUGCAGCUAUCGAAGACAAUCUUUUAGAGGAAGAUAAAGAAUUAUCUGUUCCUGUAACAGAUAUUGUUGAUGAGGUUGUUGCUGAUUCCAUAGAAGAGGGUUUUAAAUGUGAUCAGUGCGAAAAAAUAUGCAAGACAUCAAGAGGUUUAACCAGACAUAAAAAUAGCAAGCAUGGCCCUACUUCUGAGGCUGAACCUCAUCACCAAAAGCCUGAAAAUCAAUUACACCCUCUAUACUUGAAGAAAUACAUCGGAGAAUGUGCUUCCAAGCUAGCUCUAGAUGAGUGCUAUAGUGAAGAAACGAGAAAGGGGUUUUUGAUGUUUCAAAAGCCAACACUAGAUGAUGCUAGAUACACCUUUAAAUUUAUUAAAGAUGUUGUAGCCAGUUUUAAAAACAAUAGCGAAAAAUUUUAUGCCUCUUUUUAUAAAUGUGUUUCCGAGAAUAUUGUUUUCAAAAACUUAUCAAAAAGAGCAUCAGUUAUCCUAGGAUUUGAGUUAGCGAACUAUGUACUUGCCCACCUAACAGGUUCAGUUGUUAAUGGUGAUAUUGCAAAUGUAUCUCCAGGUACAAAUUUUUCACCAAAGGAAAAGCAAAUUAUUAAAUAUCUUGCAGGAUAUGUUUUUGGAACACUUUACAGACGUAUACGUAGAUCGAAACAAAGUCGUAGUAUCUUGAAUCUGCAAAGCAUACAUCUACUUAUUGCUGGUAAAUCAACUGACCAGGAACACGAUACCGAAAUCAAUACACUAGUUCGCAUUAAAGACAGAGGUGGCUUAUGGACAGUAACAUCAGAAGUUUUUGAAAUUUUUUCCAUAGUUGAAUCCCAUUUCCGCCAAGAGUCUAGCACCACGCAUAGAAGUAUUGACAGUAAAAAAAUGGUAUCAUAUCUCAUGAAUAAUGCAAGAAUUUUAUGCAAUUACAACAAAUUAAAAAAUGCUUCAACUGAAGAAGUUAGUAAAGAGAUAGCUUUGAAUUUACUGGAACAUCUUAUCAUGUUGUAUAUUCGUGUUCGUGUAUAUUCACUUGUGAAGGAUAAAUGUCAACGGUACAAUGUUAAAUCAAAGGCUAAAAAAUCACGAUCGUUGCGAACUGAAGUAAAAAAAGCAUCAAGCACUUUGGAUCAUGGACAUUAGUCUUGAUCAACAGACUAUAAACUUGUUAAAACAGCUAUUUUUAUAGCUACAAACUUAUAAAAAACAUUAUUUUGGAAAGAACGAGAAGUACACGGAAAUAUUCAACCUUUAAAAGUGCAGUAUGUUCAAUGCAACUACCAGAAAAUGAUCUUGGCAAACCAGGACAAACAAAGAAACCCGAAA